UCCCCUUUCAAGAUGGCGGAAGGAAGCGCCCGCCGACCCGGAAGCGUUAUUUUCGGAGGGUGAGGAAAAUGGCGUGGAGUUGCUGUGCCCGAGUCUGGGUUAGACAGGAGUUAUGGGGUAGUCGUGGAAUCCGGACACACAGAAAUACCCUAUAUACACAACAAAGAAAUGGAUUCAGAAGACCAGCACAGAAGAGUGAUCCCCAAACACCAAACCCAAAAACUGGUAUUAAGCCACAGAAAAGUAGUUUGUCUCCUCCAGCCUAUCAAGAAUCUUCCCAUUCAGUGAAAAUCCUUGUGAAGCCAUUCAUCUUUACAAUUGGGUUUUCAGGCUGUGCUUUUGGAUCAGCUGCUAUUUGGCAAUAUGAACACCUCAAAGCCAAGGUUCAGAACUAUUUUGAAGAUAGUCGAGCAGACUGGAUGGAUAAGGUGCGACCACAAAAAGGGAUGGACUUCAGAAGGCAGGUUAACCAGUGGUGGAAUAGUCUGAGCAACGGGCAACGUACUGUGUCAGGCAUUAUAGCUGCAAACGUCUUUGUAUUCUGUUUAUGGAAGAUACCCUCUUUGCAACGAGUAAUGCUUACAUAUUUCACAUCUAAUCCAACUUCUCGAGUUGUGUGUUCUCCCAUGUUGCUAUCUGCAUUUAGUCAUUUCUCAUUUCUACACAUGGCAGCCAACAUGUAUGUUCUGUGGAGCUUCUCAACCAGUGUAGUCAAUCUUCUGGGACGUGAGCAAUUCAUGGCAGCAUACCUUUCUGCAGGGGUUUUCUCCACAUUUGUGAGUUAUUUUUGCAAAACAGUCACAGGAAGAUUUGGAUCAUCACUUGGAGCAUCGGGUGCUAUAAUGAUGGUCCUUGCAGCAGUAUGUACGAAGAUGCCAGAAGCCAGGCUAGCCAUCAUAUUCCUUCCAAUGUUCACAUUUACAGCUGGAAAUGCUUUAAAAGCCAUUAUUGCACUGGACACGGUCGGAGUUGUUUUGGGUUGGAAGUUUUUUGACCAUGCUGCACACGUUGGAGGGGCUCUCUUUGGCAUGUGGUAUGUAACGUACGGGCAUAAUCUAAUAUGGAAGAAUAGAGAACCGGUGGUGAAGGCAUGGCACACAAUAAGGACUUGGAGACCAAAUAAAUGAGGUGGAGCUCGCAAUUGGCGCUUUUUAGAAGAAACUUGUACAGAAAUGGCGUGCCGCUUUGAAGACUGGAAAGUGGAUUGGUUGUUACAUUACUUACACCGUAAUGGGAUCUUUAGUUCUAAAUGUGGUAACGCUCCAAAAUAAAUGCAUUUCUGGAUAAACACAUAACCAAAUGGAAAACAAUAAAGAUUUGUAUCUCAUUGCUUUAUUAAGGGAGUCUGUAUUAUUUCCUCUGGCUAUUGGAGUAAAAAUAAAAUUGGAUCAGUUGCCUGAUAGCUUCUCAUUUAGAAAUAAAUUAAGAUGCCAACAGUUUUAGUAAAAUCCUGAUACUACAGAGCUUUGGUUAAGAAACUGCCUUGUCAUUCUCCUUGUCUUAAUUUGCAAUGAUGUUUGAUAUUAUUAGGCGUAUAUAUUUUUAUGCACACAAAGAGCUGUGCUCUACAAGUAAGCUAUGGCCUCUUUCAAAUAUGUGGGGCGGGGAGUAGUACAAAUGCAUUUGCUGCAAGAGGUCUGAGCUGUGAAUGGAAGGGCAUGCACAUUGGGCUGCUCCAGGUGAGUCCCUUACUAAAAGAAAUGAAAUAAACCCCACACUAUGGGGGCUGGCACCAUUUGCCAGUAGCAUUCAUUAAGACUACACAGAUGACUUAGCUAGACCAGAAUAGAAACCAUCCUCUUUCUCCCCUUUCCCCGCUUGUUAAAAUUGCUGCCUGACAUCUCACUUCAGGCUCCCUCUCGGGCACUGCAAAAUGUUAAGAAGCUCAUUCUUAACAAAGGAAAGGCAGCCUGUUCCAGACCCUCCAAGUGUCCCAAUUUUCCAGGGACGUCCCUGAUUUAGAGAAGCCAUCCCAAUUUCCAAUUUAAUCCUGGAAUGUUCCACUUUUCCAUAGGGUGCCCCUAUUUUCAUUGGAGAAAUGUUGGAGGGUAUGGAGUUAUCCAGCGCCCGAGCUGUCAGAAGGCAAUCCCAUAUAGGGAAUUUUAAAUGUUUAAUGUUUUAUUAAAUUUUUAUAUAUGCUGGAAGCUUCCCAGAGUGGCUGGGGCAACCCAGUAAGGUGUGUGGGGUAUAAAUAGUAAAAUUGUCAUUAUGGAAUGGGACAUCCCUGUUCUCAUUGGAGAAAUGUUGGAGGGUAUGCUGUCCUUAGGUUCUUUUUGGGAAGAUUUUCUCUAAGGGAGGAAAGGACUCAAAUAGAGGCAUUCAGCCCUAUAUGUCAGGAUUUUGGAAACAAAACUUGACAACCCUACUUGUUACAAGAGCCUGAGAAACAAAACUAUCACAGAUCCUAUACCUUUUGUGACAAAGGGGUUUGUGACAAAUCCUUGUGAUUUAACAUAGUGCAAUGAAAAGCCUUUUGGGAGAAGGAGACUCUUAGGACAUGUUACUUUUUGUAAUAGCAUUCUCUGCUAAUGAUUCUAUUAGGCUUAGACUUUAAAAACUUGAUGAUUUGGCCAUCUUCUGACAAUAGCUACCGGUAGCUAGCCAGCCAAAUGCAACCCUUCCGCCCUCUGGUCAGAUCAUUAAACUACUGCAAGCAUAGUGAGGGAAAGCUGUCAUGUUAAAUAUCAUAGAUCAUUUUUUAUGGUGGUGAGGGAUAUCCCAAAGGUCACCUGUAACAUAUUUAUAACACUAUUUUUAGAAUUUUUCAAGUGCAUUACAUUUUAUUUAUAUAUUUAUGCUCUGCUCUUCAGUAGAUAUUCUCAGAGCAUUUCUCAAUACAUAAAAAAUGGCAAAUCCUAUACAGUGGGUAGGAGUGGGGAACUCAGAUUUACUGACCUAUUAAAAUUCUAGAGAUAGUAUGGCAGGAAGUUUAAGCACCUUUCCCCCAUAACUUAAAGGUAUUUGAAAUACUGAGGCUUUUGUAUUUGAUUAAUUUUAUUGUGUUAGCAAUAACCUAAAUAUUUAGCAAUUACCUAAAUUUGUUUCUUUCUAAAGCUAGGCUAUGUAAAAGUUUUGCUGCUGCAAAUAAACACAAUUUCCUUCUGAACCCUACUGUUUGAAAUAAAGCAACAGAAUGCCUUCUGCUUCCAAUGGUUGAUCUAUAGCUUUAUUAAAAAGUUGAACCAGUUUUAAAUAAGUAGGAAUGGACAAAAGGUUACUAAGGCUGUGCUUAGUGAGGAUUAGCAUAGGAUUGGAUCCAGUUGCCUGUCUGUAAAUGAAGUUCUCCCUUCCACUUGUAGAAAGGGCUGAGAUCCAGAGACGUUUGCUGUGCGGAAGAGUGAUUUUCACCAAUUUUCCUUGCAGUCUCAAGCACCACCUCCCAAGCAAGGAAAAUCAGGAAUGGGUCUGCUCAUGGGAAUUCUGGAUUCAACCACUGUCUACAGACAUGGUCCACUUAAGCUAUUAAAUUGGCUACAAAAACAUUACUUCCUUGAAGAUGUCCUCAUUCUUUGAGCGUAAAGGUUUUAAGAAGAAGAUGUGUUUAUUGAAACAGCGAUUUUGAUUGUAAACUGCCUUGAAUACUUGUUAGAAGGGCAGGGUAUAAUUGUAGAUGAUAGCAACAACAUGAAAUAA